ACCGCUUAAACCCUUGAGGGAACUUUCUCUUGCCAGCUUAAAACCCUAAGAUGGAGUUGCAGUCCAUAUCAUGUUGGCUUCCAUCCCCAGACAUGAGGUUAUGUAUUCAUCGUCCGCUCUCUCAUCGAAUUGUUUCUACAGGCCACGUCAGGUGGAAAGAUCAAAGGUUCCGAUUCGAGAAAGUAUCGAAAUCUUCCUUGAUGCCUGGUCUGAAGAAGGAGUGUUCAUUGUCAAGCUUUGGCAGAGGAGCUACUCUAUGUUCUUUGAACUCUAAUUCUGAUGCAAAAUUGAAGUACUCAGGAAGGGAGAUUACUAGUGUGAGUGGGAAUGGAUUUGAUGGGGUGGAACCCUUUCGUGGCAAAUCGGGUUCCGUAUCAUUUCAUGGCUUAACUCACCAGAGGGUAGAAGAAUCCAAAUUGGCGUCUUCCCCUUUUAAGGAAGGUACUGGCUCAUUUCUCUGGGUUCUGGCUCCUGUUGCAUUGAUAUCAUCACUGGUGCUUCCUCAGUUUUUCCUUGACAGUGCGAUUGAAGCUAUCCUGAAGGAUGAAGUUCUUGCAGAAAUUGUAGCUACUAUUUUUUCUGAGGCCAUGUUUUACAUCGGUCUUGCAACAUUCCUGCAUGUAACUGACCAUGUUCAGAGGCCAUAUUUGCAAUUCAGCCCAAAGAGGUGGGGCCUGAUUACUGGUCUCAAGGGAUACUUGACGACUGCCUUCUUCACAAUGGGCUUUAAGAUUUUUGCCCCCUUCUUUGCUGUCUAUGUAACCUGGCCAGUGCUUGGCCCCUCAGCACUGGUUGCUGUUGCUCCUUUUCUAGUUGGCUGUGCCGCACAGCUUGCGUUUGAGAUGCGUCUUAGCAAGCGCGGGUCAUCUUGUUGGCCUCUAGUCCCUAUCAUUUUCGAGGUCUAUAGACUGUAUCAGUUGAGCAAAGCUGCACAUUUUAUGGACAUAUUGAUACUUGCAAUGAAGGAGGCCCCUGUAACUCCGGACAUUGUUGAAAGAAGCGGUGCCUUGGUUGCUAUGGUGGUGACUUUCCAAGUCCUUGGGCUGGUUUGCCUGUGGUCAUUGAUGACAUUUCUUAUGAGGCUCUUUCCUUCUAGACCUGUUGCAGAGAACUACUAAUACUAGUUUCAGUGCUCUACUGAUGCUGAUGACAUUUCUUGUAAUUCCCACUUUACUUUAUUGUUGUACUUUGGAUUGGGUGAGUGGAAAAUGCAAGAUGCAGGGAAAGUGGAAAAUGUUCUCAGAA